AUGGAAUCAAACAGAGCUCAUGGGAAGAGGAGCUUGAACUACAAGAUGGAGGAAGAGGAGGAGGAGGAGGAGGAUGAAGAAGAAGAACAGGAUGAAGAGGAGGAUGAUGAAGAUACUAACAGAUCAUCACUAGUGUACGGUGAGGAUGAGAGGAGGAAAAGAGUGUUGAUGGUGAAUAGUGCAACUACUACUCCUAACAAGAGAGGAUCUGGUGCAGGAGGGUCUAUGGCAAGGCCAUCUUGUCAAGCAGAUGAUUGCAAUGCUGACUUGAGUGAUGCAAAGCAAUACUAUCGCCGCCAUAAGGUCUGCGGUGUUCAUGCCAAGGCUCCGGCGGUGCGUGUGGGUGGAGUUCAACAGCGCUUCUGCCAGCAAUGUAGCAGGUUCCAUAGCCUAUCAGAGUUUGAUGAUAAUAAAAGGAGUUGUCGGAGGCGUUUAGCUGGACACAAUGAGCGGCGUCGGAAAACCUCCUCUGAAUGUCAUGGAGAAUGA